CGGGUAUAUCUGCAGUGUCGUAAAACGAUGAGCCAAUUAGGUGCGUCCUUGUAAGAGAAUAAGGAAAUCGGAGAACCUUGAAGUACCUAUAUACUUACCUGAGUACAAAUGAGCUCUGUACCGCAAUAACCCACCCGUCCUAGCCGUUAGCGCUGCUUUAGUGAACUUGGACGGCAUUAUCCGGAACUCUAUCUCUAAUUUCGUCAUUUAGGAAUUUGGACUUCGUCGCCACGUUAUUCUGAAAUUCACGCUCAAUCCUCUUAUCGAUUCAAAACUUUAACGAUACUUAAUUCCUUAAACGAAGAAUUCUUUCCAAAAUUUUAUACGUUCCUUACCUAGCUACGAGCCGGUACCAACAUAUACCAGAUCAAAUAGUCGCAAUGGCGUCACGCCUCACCCGGCUCACCCGGCUCGCGAGACAAUCCACACUACUCCCACACCUCCAAACCCAACAGCCCAUCCGCCACGCCUCCAACGCCCCCAACCCCAACCCCAACCCCUUCCAAUCGGGCCCCUCUCCCCUCCGUCUCCCGCCCGACCAGCAAGCCGAGUUCGAGCGCCUGCAGCGCACGGCCAAUACCCAAGAAGGCUUCAACCCGACCUCGAUCCCCGACUUCUCCUCUCCCUCUCCCGCCUCUACGGACACCACCACGGCCACUGCGGAUACUACAGCAGCCAGCGCGGCCGAGACGCCCGCCCUCGCCGACGAAUUCGGGUCCGUCCCGCUUCGCAAGGGCGCCCCUCCCGAGUUCGAGGGCGACGUGAACCCGAAGACGGGCGAGGUCGGCGGGCCCAAGAACGAGCCCCUUCGCUGGGGACCGGGUGGCGAUUACAGUUUUAAUGGUCGUGUUACCGAUUUCUAGGGUGACAAAGGAGAGGAGAUAAGAAUUAGUCUCGAUUUGGGGAGGGGUCGG